AUGGUUCAACUCCUGCUGGAGGUGGUGAUAAGACUUAGGCGAGGUCGAAACUCCAGUCCACAUUGGAUGAGAACACCUUUAAGGAAAGCAAAGCUGCCAGAGUCAGUCUCUUUGACGAGUUGUAGCUUGGUGAUGCGAGUGGCAAGACUCAUCGACGAUGCCGGCGAAAUUUCUGAAGAUGUACCAAUUUCCGGGUCUGACACUGGGAAUUAUGAUAACUAUUAUAGCAGAGAACUUCGAACGAGCGAAGGAGAUACCAUUCUGAGCCAAGAAAGCAGCCAGGAAAAAGUUUCACAUGGCUCCAAGAAAGAGGGUCUCCAGCAGUCAAGAGUAACUGGCAGAGCGCCACUUAGCUUGGAACUAGUAGGCAGACCAGCAUCACCAGAGCCCCUUUUGUCCGUGAAAGUGGCCGUGACGGCGAAGGCAUUUAAGGAGAUAAGAGCCACCACAAGCCGUGAAGAAGUGGAUGUAAUUUCCGCAAUUCAGUCUUUCCUGACCAUCACAAGAAGCUUGAAACAAAAACGAACCAAGGCUCAACCUGAAGAUGCGCUGCUAGCUGAAACAGAAGCCAUCUCAUAUUCAAAUGAGCAUGGAUGUCUGCGGUCCAAAGAGGCGCAUGAGGUGACUUCGAAGGAUGGAGUAAUUGGAGUGCUGAGGAAUCUGUUACACAGUGAGCAGAGUGGCUCUGAUCAGAUUGCCUCUCCACCAAUGUACAUCAUGGAACAAGAGAGAGAAAAGCAGUCCGACGGUACCGCUUCGAUGUUGGAUCUAGCUUUUCGGCGCUUCGAUAGUCUUAAUAAGGUGAAUCGGUUCCGAGCCAUUCAUGAUCCCAGUCAACCAGCCUGUGGUCAACCUUGGUUUGGCUUGCGCAAUGCCCUGCUCGGUAGGGGACCCAGCCAUCUCCACCUCAUUCCAGCAACUUGCAGCCCACAACCCUUCUCACAAACUCGUGACCUAAAAUCUUGGGCGCGUGCUAUCGUGAUACAGGAUAGCAUCGGGAAGAAGAAUAUUCGCCUGAGUAAAUUGGCCGACUGCUCUACCUUAAUUGUUUGUCCAUACCACGGUGUACAGAGACACAGCGGGUUGUGCUGCGUUAAUGGAUUGCUACUCUUGGAAAGCCAGAGGUCAUCAGACUCCAAGCGGCGUCAGGAUUGGACAAUCUUAGACAACGACUACUUGAGCAAUGGUAACACAGCAGUCAGGCCUUCAGUCCCCGGCCAGACAAAGUGUAUAUGGACCCGACUGGUAUACUGGUUCAUUCCAGCCAUUUCAUGGUGCGUGGUCGAAGGAGCUAAUCCAGUGUCAAGACAGCUUCCCUGUCUGCCUUCCCACCCAGGACUAGUACGAAAUAGAGCUUCAGGGCUGUUAAACAAAUGCUACGUUAAAGAUAAAUUAGGCCUUUUCCAGACAGAUUAG